AUGGAGAAGCUAUCAACUCCGCCAGGUUUUGUAUCUCAGACGACGUUUGUGCUGAGGAAAGUACACCGAGACAGAGAAAGUUCCAGGUCGGUGCCGGGACAGGAAGAGACAACCGGAUUCGGUGCUGAUGAUGCAGAUGGUUUCAAGAAGUUUCUUGCAAACCGGCCCUGGAUAUUGCAUGACCACAAAACUCCCAGCUCGGAGGCCUUAAAGCCUAUGAAAUCUGAGGUGAGGGCAAAACGGUUACCCAACCUUGAGGAAGCUCCCGUAUUCAACCCAACCGAGGAGGAGUUCAGUGACACGCUCUCAUACAUUGCAAGCUUGCGUGACAGAGCUGAGCCUUAUGGAAUCUGUUGCGUUGUUCCACCUCCUUCAUGGAAACCUCCAUGUCUUCUCCAGGAGAAAAAGAUAUGGGAGGGUUCGUCAUUUGCCAGUCAACUUCAGCUCUUUGGUGGAAAUUAUACUGAGAACCCAAAGAUUAAAAAGGAGGCUGGUGUGGGUUUUGAUGAUGCUCAAUCUGAGAAGGUUAAGUUCUGCAGAAUUGAACGCGGUUAUAAGAAAACUUUGGAGACGUUUAAGAAGACCGCAGAUUCAGAGAAGGAGCGUCAUUUUAGCAUAAAGGAUAAAUUUUUGGGUUCCAAGAACUCAUCUCCAUCACCAAAACCAAAGGACCCAACCACAGCAGACAUAGAAAAAGAGUAUAGACAACUCGUCGAGAGUCCACGUUUUGAAUUUGGGGUGUUUUAUGGCAAUGAUAUAGACACCACAACGUUUGCCAGUGGAUUUCCUUUAUCUGGACCAUCUGAAUCUUCCAAGUACACAACAUCAGGCUGGAACCUGAACAACACGGCUAAGCUUCCUGGCUCUCUUCUGUCGCUUGAUGACUGCAAAUCACUUUGUGUUCCUCGCCUAAGUGUAGGAAUGUGCUUCUCUUCCCAGUUUUGGAAAUCUGAGAAGGAUAGACUCUACUCGCUCUGCUAUUUGCAUUUUGGUGCUCCAAGAGUGUGGUAUACUGUAGCGGCAUGUCAUCGAUCCGAGUUUAAGAAUACCUUGAAGAGCUUAAUCCCUGAGAUGUCAGCAGAACAGCGUAAUGAUCGUGUGAUUGUAGUGUCUCCAUAUGCGUUGAGCAUGGAGGGCAUACCAGUGACCAGGUGUGUCCAGAGCCCUGGCCAGUAUGUUAUUAUAUCUCCGGGGUCGUAUUACUUUACACUCGACUGUGGCUUUAACUGUUUGGAGAAAGUAAAUUUCGCUCCCCUUGAUUGGUUGCCACAUGGAGAGGUUGCUGCUCUGCAGAAUCAAGAGAAGAGUCGAAAAUCUCUAAUAUCGUAUGACAAGCUUUUAUUUAGUGCUGCAAGGGAGGCUGUGAAAUGUCUAAAGGAAUAUUCUCUGUCCAAGAAAUACACAUCAUGGUCUGAUUCUUGCGGUAAAGAUGGGAUGUUCUCCGACAUUUUCAAGUCACGGGUGGAGCAAGAGAAAAGCAGACGCAAAUUCCUUUGCAGCUCGCUAAAAUCGGAGAGGAUUGACGAGAGUUACGAUGCUGUGAGCAAGAGGGAAUGCUGUGUGUGUUUCGGCGAUUUGCAUCUUUCGGCUGUUCGAUGUUCGUGUUCUGAUGAACGUUACUCAUGCCUGACAGACAUGAGGAAGCUCUGUGGAUGUCCGUGGGACAAGAAGAGUUUUGUUUAUAGGUACACUGUGGAAGAGCUGGAUAUUCUUGUGGAGGCCUUGGAAGGCAAACUCAGCUCUAUGUUCAGAUGGGGAAACAUUGAUCGCAACUACUUGGCAACUCCGGCCAUCGCAAGAAGCUCACAACCGGAAGACAAAGGCAAGGAGGAGACGGAUAGUGUUAUGCCUUGGAAGAAGAACAGCCCGGUGAAAGAUGUUGAAAGUGGAAGUGAGGAGCAGACGAAGCCAAGAAAGGCGAGAUCGAUCAUGGACAUACUGAAUGAUAAAGAGAGAAACGAUGGUGAAAAGGGACCUAUGAAACCUUGUUCUAAGAAACCGAAGCAUGGAUGA